CUGAAUGAGGAAGCUGCUGUGUAUUGAGUAUACUUGUUACGUAUAAGGCAAACUGAAUUUGUUGUUUGUUAUAUGAAACCGAUACACAAAAUACGUCGUGUGACAUUUAUCCUGCAAAACUUUAAUUCUAAAUACUCAGCUGUAUUUGUCGCGGUACUGCUGUCUUCUAGAUUGAAAUAUUUAAAAGGAAAUCCUAUGGGAGUAUUGGAAGCAAUGUGUUGAAAACCUCAGGAUCGGUGUUUGCAUUAUGGGAAAUUUAGACCAUUUAUUCAAGGUCCUUGUGGUGGGGGAUGCUCAAGUUGGGAAGACCUCUUUGCUUCACAGAUAUGUUUAUGAUGUAUUUUGCAAGGAAUACAAGAUGACCAUAGGAGUGGAUUUUGCCUUGAAGAUUGUACAGUGGUCUGACUCCGUUACAGUCCGACUUCAGCUGUGGGAUAUUGCUGGACAGGAGCGCUUUACCUCUAUGACCAGACUGUAUUACAAACAAGCCUCUGCAUGUGUUGUUAUGUUUGACCUCACAAAUAUAGAUUCCUUUCGGAGCAGCCGAAUGUGGAAGGAAGACCUGGACAGCAAAGUGACACAGGACAAUGGUGAUCCUGUACCUUGUAUACUGCUAGCAAAUAAGGGACACACUCCAAGGAUGUCAUUUAUCGCCCUUGUUGUUCAUCGUUGCCUUGGAACCACGUGUAAACUAUCCAGGAAUAGAAAGAAGGUGGUGAUUGUAAACAUAAAGCAUUCCUAUAUGCAGAUGGCAUGUUACUUUGUGUACAAGAACCUAGAAAAUAUUUAUCAGUGUGACCUUUCUCCAUGGGCAGUGACUAAAGAGGAGGUUGACCAGUUCAGCAAAGAAAACAACUUUAUUGGAUGGACAGAGACAUCUGUCAAAGAGAAUAAAAACAUCAAUGAAUCCAUGAGAGUGCUUAUUGAGAAAAUUAUGGAGACCAGGGACAGAGGGUACUCCUCUCUUGUGACACAGGGGAAUUACAUUAAUCUAAAGGAUUUAUCUGUGCCUGGCUCAAGUUGCUGCUGAUAUACACUAAAACACUGGACUUCCGAAAGGAAGAGGAUUCAGGGCCAGUGAAAAGCUACAAUGUAUAUUGCCUGCUGCAGAAAUAAUUAAUUUGUCUAUUAACUGUACAUGUCAACCAUUAUUACCACCAAUCAAGUGUCUAGACUAAAUAUUCAGUGAAUCACUUUUUUUUUCCCCCUUUGGAGGACGGAUGCGAAACAGAGAGUAUAUCUACCUUAUUGCCCUUCCUUAUUUCUCCCAUCUGACACUGUUUGUCUAAAACAUCAGAAACACUUUAUUUUUUGUUUGUUUUUUUUCCCUUUAAUUUCAUGUCUCGCUCAGUAAGUGCACUUUAUUUUUUAUUUUAUAUUUUUUCCUGCCUACAAUUUACUUUGACCUCAGGUACUGACAGUAUAGUACGAAUACUGCUAAGAUAUGAAAAUCUUUAUUUGGAGUUAUCAGAUUAGAGCAAUGUAAUAUUCCUUUUGUAUGUACAUCUUCAGAUUUGUAUAAGUCAUAAGUACAACAGAGCUGACAAAAAUCUACUAAUUAUAUUGAUGAAAGGUUUUAUCUUUCUCUUACUCUGUCUAGAAAAGGCAAUGUUCUCUUAUUUUGUGGAACAACAAUAUCAAAAGGUGGACAUAGUCAAGUGUGUUUUCUGUACAAUCUCCUGUAUAUCGUGGCAUAUUUAUAAAACUCCCAGAAGUUUUUGUCAAUGCCA